ACGGCCGACGGUUGGAGGUGGCCAAUUGCCAUUUUAUAUUUAUUUUUCUAAAUAAUUCACAACAAUAAAUUGAAAAAAAAAAUCGUUCACUUGAGAAUGGAUCCUACCUGGCUAUCGAAACAGCUGUCCCCAGCAUCUCCUAGGGGUACACCAAGGAAUCCUUAUCCAUCACGACCUUGGCUCCAGGAUCGUGCCGCCGCCGCCCCGGCUACGACGAACGUCGGCGUCAAAGGAAUCAUUGCCGGAGGAAUUACUGGUGGAAUUGAGAUCUGCAUAACAUACCCAACUGAAUACGUAAAAACUCAACUUCAAUUGGAUGGAAAGGCUGGGGCUGGGAAGCAAUACUCAGGAAUUAUUGACUGUGUACAGAAAACAGUGAAGACUAAUGGAGUUCUUGGAUUGUAUCGAGGAUUAUCGGUUUUGGUUUAUGGUUCAAUACCUAAAUCUGCUGUGAGAUUUGGAUCGUUUGAGACAGUCAAGAAACGAUUGGUCGAUGAGGAUGGCAAAUUGAAUGCCCAACGUCGACUUCUUGCUGGUUUGUGUGCUGGUGUCAGUGAAGCUAUUUUUGCUGUGACACCUAUGGAGACUGUCAAAGUGAAAUUCAUCAAUGACCAGAGGUCAUCCAAUCCACGAUUUCGUGGAUUCUUCCAUGGGGUGGGACUCAUUAUCAAAGAGAAUGGAUUUAAAGGAGUUUAUCAGGGACUAGUGCCAACGAUAAUGAAACAAGGUUCUAAUCAGGCAAUUCGAUUCUUCGUCAUGGAGUCAUGCAAGGAUUGGUACAAAGGUGGAGACAAUAAUAAACCUGUACCUAAACUCGUAGUUGGAUUUUUUGGAGCUUGUGCUGGCGCAGCUUCAGUUUAUGGCAAUACACCAAUCGAUGUUGUGAAGACCAGGAUGCAGGGUCUUGAAGCAGCGAAAUACAAAGGGAGUGUUGAUUGUGCAGUGCAAAUAUGGAAGAAGGAAGGGCCAAGUGCAUUUUACAAAGGCACAGUACCUAGAUUAGGAAGAGUGUGUCUUGAUGUUGCAAUUACAUUCAUGAUUUAUGAUUCAUUCAUGGAGCUCUUCAACAGGGUCUGGCCUUGAAUGACCUUCAGUCGUGAGAUAAGUCAAUUGCGAUAUCAAGUGCCCUCAGGACAAUGACAGUGAAUUCGUUAGUGGAGUGGUAAACAACGAAACAUUGGUAUCAUACGAGCGUCUUUAUCACUUCCGAGGUAUUUUUUUAAUCGGUGGGUCUGUCAAUCGAAAAUAUCUGAUUACUUGCGGGACCCACUAACUUUGGAAAUAACAUGCCAUUUCACUACAUCACUAC